UUGGCCCGGAGGAGGGCUUCCCAUUCGCCGAGCCCGAGUCGAUAUCUGUUGCAGAGCUCGAUACCCCUGGCCAAGCGGAAUGGUUGCGCCCGCCUGCAGUCGUGCAGGGACAUGCGCUUAGGCCUGGACGAGACAUGGUCUAUCCAGGAGGGAUCCCUGGUUCUGUGCAUCAACCCAACCUAUACCAUAUCCGACCACGUGCAGCCGAGGUGGGAUGAGCUUGAACUCGUGGCCGGAGAAAUCCUGGUUGUCUGCCGCCUGUAUGCCGAUUUGUGGGCCCUUUGUGCCAGUGCUUCAUUUCCUUCCACCGCAAAAACCAACGAGGCCGCCAAUACCCAGCCAAUGAGCCUUGCAUUCGUGCCUCUCUGCGCAGUCACCCUUGCGGCGAACUUUAGUGCUUUCAAUCGAAGAUGCAUCGAGCAUGAUCUCCGCGACACCAGUGCCCCAAGGUUUUCAGGAAAUGGACUCCCUGUGAUGCCGCCGCCUCGUUCGUGCAGUCUCAUUGAUGGUAUGCAGCUGGCUCAGUCUGACAGACUCCACAACCGCCUUCCAGAGGUAGUAUCCGAUACGCUCAACAAGGUAUUGCCGGAGUGCGUCGAAGCUGAUUAUGUGCCCCUUAACCUUCACAUCGGAGCUCUCCUGUCCAAUCUGAAAGUUAGACGCAAUCGUCAGUCACAGUGUCUAGGUUUACCCGCAGCGGUUGAUCCGCCACCGCAACCCACUGAGCCAGACCCCAAACCCGCCUCCUCUUCAAGCCACAGGUUCAGAAAACUGUUUGGACUUGCGUAA